AUGAAUGACCAGUACAUAUUGGAAGUGCUGGGGUACAACAAGGAUGUGUUCCUCCGUAUUAAAUACAAACAAGUCCCUUAUUGUCAUCCCAUUCCACCCAGAACUAUCUCCAAGUGUGCAUGUUUCAAACUCAGUGAUAAUAAAUUUGUAUGGGCACUUACCAGACACACCAUUUUACCUACCAAACAGAGUGCAAAAGACAGGGCUUUUAUAUUGCUUAAGAUUCCUAUGCCUCAAUGUCCAGGGGCAUAUGAUGAGCAAGUCGGCUUGGUUAAGGAAGUUUGGACGACUCAAGAGUCAAGAGUGGAUGAAAGUGUUGUGUUAAACAUAGAAAUGGCCUUAUGCAAGAUCAUGUCACCAGUCAAAUGUCCUACAGAUCUACACCUAUUCAGGAACCUUGCACCAGUUUUGGUUCAUGAACAAGCCUCAUAUCACAUCAUAAAUCCUGCUUCACUGUUUUUAGCCUUCCUACACAGAGAGCUCUUCCUAGUACACACCAUCCCAUAUACCCCUGCAGGCAGUGUGGCUGCCAUCUCAUUGGGUGUACACCAAUUGACAGAUAAAAAGAACCUGAACAAGCUGGCCAAGAAGGCCAAAGCAGCCGCAGACAAAGACAUGAACAAAGGAAAAAAGCAGGGAACAGGCAAAAACAAGGGCAAAGGAAGGGCCUGGAAUUGA